AUGAAAUUUGCCAAGUUUGUAUUCCCCCGUGACAGAGUGUGCGACAUUCCAGUGGCUGACUCAAUCCACAGAGAGCUGGAACAGGAACUUGUUCCUGAAUGGCGGGCGAAGUAUCUCGACUACAAGACCGGCAAAAAGAAAGUCAAGGCCAUCACUCGGGCCCUGCAAAAGGCACAACGCAGUCCUCAUGUCGGAGCCCAUCGAUAUCCCACCCCGCAAAUUCGCGGUGCAUUACACGCCCUCACAUCGUCCAACCCUGACAAGCAGCUCGAUGCAGAAGAAGAUGUGCCUUUGACGACGCAACGAGGAAAUGCCAAGCCCGCAUCGAUCACACGCUCCACACCUGUGCCUAGGACCGAACGACAGCCGCUUCGCACGCCGGGAUCACGGUUCUCGGAAAACGUUGGUAGUUACGGGAGCAUACUUGCAACUCCUCCACAGCAACACUAUAUCCCAGGCUCAGACACAGCAUCCUUUGAACUACCAGACCCGGCAAUCGACCCAGACGAUGAGUAUCUGUCUCACGCAGAGACUGCAGAUCGCACCAAUGCUCCCCGGACACCAUCCCCGGUCAUGGAUCGACGCAACAUCGGAACCUUGAACCCUUCACCGUCUCAGAGCGGCCCGGCCCCCUCGCCGGAUAGGAGGCCUCAAUCGGAGCCACGUGCGAACUAUCAAAGUCCCGCAAGUGACAGUCUCACAAGGGUGUCAUCGAGCAAGCGAACAUCGCAACUCCUACGGCGUGUAUUCACUGCGGAGGGAGACACUAGUGCGAGGCGAUCACAAUUAGAAUCGAGCGCUGGCGCCGAGCUGGAUAGACGUCAGGACGAAUUCUUUCACUUCUUGGAUAGCGAGUUGGACAAGAUCGAUGCGUUCUACGUGAUGAAGGAACAAGAGGCCACGGAGAAGCUGCGGGUCCUUCGACAGCAGUUGCAUAUCAUGCGUGACCAGCGCAUCCAGGAGGUUCUAGGUGCCAAGAAAGUCUCCAAAAAUAAUAACGCGGAGGCACAGCAACGGGCAAAUGCAUUUGCCAAGCUCAACGGUUCCCUCCUCAAAGACACAUUUGUUGGGAAGGGUCGUUUUGGCAAGAACUCGGAAGCACUGGCGGAGAUGGCGACGCCUGGCAUACAUCCCGAAGACCGGGAAUUUAUCGUCAACCGGAGGGACUUCAUGCGGCGGCAGGAUCCACCGAAUCAAGAGGUCUCAUAUCGCUCCGCUAAACGCAAGCUCAAACAUGCGUUGCAAGAAUUCUAUCGUGGAGUGGAGCUUCUCAAGGGAUAUGCUUACUUGAAUCGAACGGCUUUCCGGAAGAUUAACAAGAAAUAUGACAAAGCAGUCAAUGCCCGUCCACCGUUGCGUUUCAUGUCGGAAAAGGUCAACAAAGCCUCCUUUGUACAAAGCGAAGUGAUUGAGAGUUUGAUGGUGGCGGUCGAAGACUUGUACGCCCGCUACUUUGAACGCGGUAAUCGCAAAAUCGCAGUGUCCAAACUUCGUCACACCAUCAACAAAUCCGGUGAUUUCUCGCCGAAUACUUUCCGCUCUGGCCUUUUGUUGAUGGGUGGAGUUUUGUUUUCCGUUAAGGCCUUAGUUGAUGCUACUUCAAAUCUCCACGCGGAUGAGGUAGCUACACAGGUCCAGACUAGUUAUUUGCUACAGAUUUACGGCGGUUACUUCCUCAUCGUUUUUCAUGUGUUGCUCUUCUGCUUAGAUUGCAUGAUUUGGACAAAGUCGAAGAUUAACCACGCAUUUGUUUUCGAAUAUGAUUCCCGACACACUUUGGAGUGGCGUCAGCUACUUGAGAUUCCGUCUUUCUUCUUUUUCUUAAUGGGUCUGUUCAUGUGGCUCAACUUCUCGUGGUAUAAUGACAUGUACAUCUACUGGCCCGUCGUCCUUAUUGGCUUGACAGUCUUUAUUGUCUUCUUGCCGGCUCGUGUUCUUUACCACAGAAGUCGCAAAUGGUUUGCUUUCUCGAAUUGGCGUCUAUUGCUCGCCGGAAUUUACCCUGUCGAGUUUCGUGAUUUCUUCCUUGGCGACAUGUAUUGCUCCCAAACAUACGCCAUGGGGAACAUCGAGCUCUUCUUCUGUCUAUACGCCUCGUAUUGGGACUACCCGCCCAAGUGUAAUUCCUCGCACUCUCGGCUGUUAGGGUUCUUUCAGUGUCUUCCCUCGGUUUGGCGGGCAUUUCAAUGUAUUCGCCGCUACUCUGAUACAAAGAAUGCAUUCCCCCAUCUACUCAACUUGGGCAAGUACAUAUUUGGUGUCCUUUACUAUGCCACUCUGAGCAUGUACCGCAUCGACCUCCAGACACGUUUCCAAGCCACAUUCAUCACCUUCGCUCUUUUGAACGCCGUCUACACCUCGGUCUGGGAUCUAAUCAUGGACUGGAGUCUGGGCAAUCCGUACGCCAAGAAUCCCAUGCUCCGCGAAGUCCUUGCCUUCCGUCGGGUAUGGGUAUACUACGCUGCCAUGGUGCUUGACGUCGUCGUCCGCUUCAAUUGGAUCUUCUACGCAAUUUUCAUCCGGAAUAUCCAGCAGUCGGCCCUACUAAGUUUCAUGGUAUCCGUUUCAGAAGUCUGCCGCCGCGGCGUCUGGUCUAUCUUCCGUGUUGAAAACGAGCACUGCACAAAUGUCCUCCUCUUCCGCGCUUCUCGCGAUGUGCCCCUCCCCUAUGAUAUUCCAUCACCAGCUGCAGCCCUCGACGGCGCACCGGAGGAUUUGCAGCUGCAAGACAGCCAGCACCCAUCUACGCCCUUCAUGGCCCCUGGCGACGUCGAGCAUGGCACCCCAUCUGUGUCCAGCAUGCGCGCCCGCCACCGCCGCCCUUCGGUGACCAUUAGUCGUGUCGGUACGAUUGUUGCCUCGGCGCAUGCCCAGGAUUUCGAGCGCAGACGUCUGCCAAACUAUCUGUCCAGCGCGAGCGUAGGACAGGAUAUGGCACACGAUGACAGCACCGACGAGGACGACGAGGUCGAUCUGAGCACCGACGAAGAUUCAGGGUCGCAUGUUACUGAGACGUACGAAGGUCAGCAGUCAAGACCGGGAUCGGAGCGCAGGGACAUGAUGGGACGGAUUGUUGAGUAG